AUGCCAACGUUAUCCUUGAUAAUAGGCUUGCUUUCGUUGCCGUUGAAAUUGCUUCAAGUCACCUUGGCCUACUUCACCAUAGGAACAGUGUUCAAGAAUGACACCACAAAGAAGUCUCUAAGAAGAACAUGGAACUGUGCAAUCUUCCAACACAUGACCAAGAGAUUGAGGCUCAGUGAUAUCAAACUGCAUGCCAUGUACACUGUUGAGGAUCUUCUCAACAGAAUGGAUCUGAAGUUGAGUAACGAAUUACCUGGCUAUGGUGUUAGGUACUCGAGUAAGUUGACUGAUGACGUUGAUGAUACCAGUGUAGAUUCUUAUUGGCUCACACUACAAGAGCUAAGAUGCAAGUCUGACCCAAUCAUUCUAUACAUUCAUGGAGGAUGCUUUGCUAUUCAGUUACAAGAUGUUGCUGUGGAGGCCAUGGCCAACGUAUACAGGGCUUUGAAGCAAGAGUUCAAUAAGACAAUUUCAAUGCUUAUAGUGGAUUAUUCAUUGAGCUCCAACGGAGUUUAUUUCCCGAACCAAUAUCAUCAGGUCAAUUGGCUAUAUGAUAAAUUGGUCAGUGAAGGUAAUACCAAUAUCGUAGUGAUGGGAGAUUCGGCAGGAGGGAACUUGACAUUGAACAUCCUUCAUCAUUUGAGCUGUGACAAGUCGCUGUCAACAUCAACAGUAUGGCCAGCAGGUAUCAUUCCUAUUUCUCCAAUGAUGAAUGUUUGUCCCUCGGAAAGGACCGGAAGCUAUAUCACUUAUGCAGACUAUGAUGUUUUCUCUUAUGAUUGUGUGGACUAUUUCGGGACUCAAUACAUUCAUAAAGACUUUUCCCAGGCCAUGGAUGAUCCCAGAGUCAACAUCGCUUUAAACGUGGAUGAUAUAAAUUGGAAGGAAAUCCCCACUAUAAAGCAGGGAAGAAUGUUGAUGGUUUUCGAAUAG